AUGGGUGAGCUAGCCAAGGCUCUAUCAGCUAACAAGCAGCAAGCCCCUGAUCACGUCCAACUUCACGACUCACCCGCCCAGCGCUCGGUUGCGGCGAAAGCUGACUCUGAUGCCGAGGUGACAGAACUCGAGCCAGUGCUCUGGGUCAACUCCUUCUCGCACAGCGGAAGCAAUGGCUCAGCACUCUGUCACAUCGAGCGGGACGGACUGCGCUACCUUGUGCCCGUAUCUGGAGAGGUGAACCCGCUAUUUGCGUUUGCCUUCCUCGAGAGCUUUCUCGAAACGCUGCGAGAGUACCUCGGCGACGUGACAGAAGGUACUGUCAAGGACAACUUUGACAUCGUGUACAUGCUCAUCGAGGAGAUGCUCGACGAGGGACACCCCAUGACGAUGGAGACCAACAUGCUUAAGGACAUAGUGAUCCCGCCGAGUCUUGUGCGGAAGCUGCUAAACGUGGCCGGUGUGUCGGGCAUGCAGAACCAACAGGUCGCUCCCUUCACUGCGCCGAUACCCUGGCGCCGGCCAGGUGUGCGGCAUAGCAACAACGAGAUCUACUUCGACAUUGAGGAGAUGCUGGACGCUAUCGUGGACAGGAAGGGAAAGACCAUCAGCGGACAGGUGUGGGGAAGGAUCAGCUGCAACUCGCGCCUGAGCGGGAACCCGGACCUGCUCCUCACGUUCGCGAACGUCAGCGUCAUGGGCGAGCCUGCCUUCCACCCAUGCAUCCGAUACAACCGCUGGGAGCGCGACUCGGUCCUCAGCUUCAUCCCGCCAGAUGGAAAGUUCAAACUGCUUGAUUAUGAGGCGCCGGCGGCUCAGGUGCCGCUCACUUUGAAGGCGAGGGUGACAACGGACGCGACGGGAGGUGAGUAG